GCGUCGAUCGGACGUCGGGUUGUGUCCAGAAUUCGUUUCCUAAUGGAAAGUAGUUCUUGAAAAAUCCUUGCUUAGAAAACUGUAAAAUCUUCCCUUCUGCAAAAUUCAAAAGUAGAAAAAUCAGUGAACCACAACACGUGAAGAAAACUUUCAAGUGAAAAAGGCCAUUAAGAAGUUUAAUUGAUUGCAUUGUCAACACGAGCGAAGAUUUCCCCCUGCAAUCGUUCGGAAACAGGAAAACCUAUCAAAGAAUUAGCAACAAUAAUAAUAGAGACAUCAAACGAAUUGCAGUUGCUGGAAGAUUGUCGUUUUCGAAGAGUGGUAGAAACCAAAAAAAUAACACAAAAACCGCACCCUCUCGAGAGUGACGGAAGUGACGAAGAAAUUAAGGGAUUUCCUAUAGCGCCUGCAGGGGUCAGUGAUAGAUAUAUAUCCGAGUGAGUGUCGCAUUAGAUUUCAACCCGGGACAGUCGGCCAGGCGCAGGUAUAACGGCAGUACAAUGACGGACUGGGACAUCUUCAACCUGGACAUCGACGAGAAUGCCCUGAGCUGCAGCAUCCAAUCCAUCAUAUCAGAGGAAUCCAUAUUCAGCACGUUACUACAGUCAAGCAAUGAGGAAACAUUGUUUCCAUCGUCGACGUCGCCGCCGCCACCGUCGUCGUUGGAUUUGGACUAUGCCACCUUAUGCCCGCCAUCGCCAGCAUUGAUGCUGGAGUUGGAGUCAAUCCUUCAACAGUCGCUACUACCGCCGCCGCCGCCGCCACCAUCACCACCGGCGCUGCAACCAUACAAGUGCACAACCACCGAGGAUGACAAGCAAAGUGAGCACGAUUCGGGCAAUUCCAACGGAUCAUCGCUGGAUUCCGAGGAAUCGCUGUCGGAGGUAACGCCCUCAGAGGGCUCGACCAACGGCAGUGAUGCUGAGAACGAUGUGCCGGAGCUCAGGCCGUUCGAGUGCGCCGAAUGUGGCAAAAGUUAUACCCGGAAGAUCUAUCUGACACGGCAUUACGUUCAACACAGCCGAGAGCGACCCUUCCAGUGCGAGGUGUGUGACAAGAGCUUUGCCUACGCCAGCUCACUGUCAGCGCACCGGAAGCUGCAUUUAGCUAAAUGUGAACAUCGGUGUGACAUUUGCAGUAAAACUUUUACCACGGAGGAUAUGCUGGCAGCUCACAAAACGGCAAUUCACUUCGGUGAGCGACCGUACAAGUGUAAACUGUGCAAGAAAACAUUCGUGCUGCUGCAUGCCUACAAAAGUCACAAAAGGUGGCAUCAGCAAUUUCGACCAUACAAAUGUGCGGUGUGUGAUAAAGAGUUUGUGAAGAAGGUCGCCUUGAAGAGUCAUCUGAGGGUGCACACUGGUGAAAAACCAUUCUCUUGUGAUAUCUGCCAGAAAAGUUUUACAUUGUCUUCUACGCUAUCGUCGCACAAGAAACUCCAUGGUGAAAAACCCUCCCUGCAGUGCAGUAUUUGUGGCAGAAUUUUCACACAAGCAAGUGCCCUCUCUACGCAUAAGCACUUGCACACGGAAAUUCGUCCCCAUAGCUGCGAUCUUUGUGGAAAACGUUUCAUAAGACUACAUGCCAUGAAGAUUCACAUCCGAACUCAUUCUAACGAACGACCCUAUCUGUGUGAUCUAUGUCCUAAAAGCUUUCUGGAGAAGCACGUUCUAAUCAGGCAUCUAAAGACUCACACCAACGAGCGCCCGUACGUCUGUGACACUUGUGGUAAGUCGUUCAAGGAGAAAUAUGACCUCUUGCGGCACGUUCUCAUCCACUCGGGAUUGAGGCCGCACAAGUGUGACGUGUGUCCGAAAACCUUCGUGCAAUCUAAUGCACUGGCCAAACACCGUCGGCGCCAUGAGCGGGAGGAUGCUGCGGCGGCGAUGGGGCUCGGCGGCAAAGGCAAGACAGCUAAUCUAAAGAAGCUCUCCGGUCGGGCUACUAAAGCAACGGCAGCAGCAGUUACGAUGGAUGUUGGAGAAAUCUAGUCGUUUAUAUGAGGUGUUAUGUGAUGACUUGUGGGAUUUGAUUUCAAUGAAAAUAGUUGUACGGAUUGUGGAAAUAAAUAAAGGCACUGUUGGAAAGGACAAUCCAUUCAGUAAUGGUUACGGCAAGAAUGGUCUAUUUGCUUUCCACUGAAUAAAAGUCAAACCAAUGUUAACUAUUGUAGUUCA